ACACACUGUCUCCCUCUCUCUCUCUCUCUAAUAAUUUUUUUUACAAAACCCAACUAGUAAAAAUCAAAUCUUAAGAUCCUGCCUUUAAAUUUUAAUCAUUCCAAAUUCCCAAUUCCCCUCUGUUUAAAAUCAAACUUAUACCACCAUACCCACCAUUGACUCUUCUUCUUCUUCUUCUUCUUCUUCUUCUUCUUCUUCUACCUAACAGAGGGACAUAUCAGAGCUUUAAAGUGAUUUAUACUAAUCUUAUUGAUGUGGGUCUCUGUUUGGUUAAAUGGAUACCUUGUUUAGGCUAGUCAGUCUCCAAUCCGAUCAGUCUUUCAACUCCUCUAGCCGAACCUCUAGCAGCUCCAGAUCCUCCAGACAAAACCACACCUAUCACCACCAACAAGACCAAGACGAAGAAUGCUUCAACUUUUUCAUGGAUGAAGAAGACUUCUCCUCGUCUUCUUCUAGGCCUCACUACUAUCCUUAUCACCAGCCCCACCCCUCCACUACGCCCACUAACACCACCACCACCACCACCACCACUCAAUCCCACCAUGCUUUUUCCCAGCUCGACCCUUCUGACUUCUCCUUUUCCCCUGCUCCUGAUCUCAAUUUCGAUUAUUCGCCCAACUGGGCUACUACUCUUCUCCUCGAGACUGCACGCGCUAUUGCGGACAAGAACAGCGCAAGGGUUCAACAGCUCAUGUGGAUGCUCAACGAGCUGGGUUCUCCCUACGGAGAUACUGACCAGAAGCUCGCUUCUUACUUCUUGCAGGCUCUCUUUAGCCGCAUGACGGAUUCCGGCGACCGCUGCUACCGGACUUUGGCGUCUGCGUCGGAGAAAACGUGUUCCUUCGAGUCGACGAGGAAGACGGUGUUGAAGUUUCAAGAAGUAAGCCCCUGGACAACGUUCGGUCAUGUUGCUUGUAACGGUGCAAUCAUGGAAGCUUUUGAAGGGGAGACCAAGCUUCACAUAAUUGAUAUUAGCAAUACAUAUUGCACCCAGUGGCCUACUCUGCUUGAAGCUCUCGCCACUCGUACGGACGAGACUCCUCACCUCCGGCUCACCACUGUCGUGCCCAACAAAUCCGGCGCCACGUCGUCGGGCUCCGCCGCCGUGCAAAAGGUGAUGAAAGAGAUUGGAAACCGAAUGGAGAAAUUCGCUCGCCUCAUGGGCGUUCCCUUUAAGUUCAACGUCAUCCAUCAUGCUGGGGAUUUAUGUGAUUUGAAUUUAUCAGAGCUUGACAUCAAAGACGACGAAGCUCUUGCUAUCAACUGUGUGGGCACGCUGCACUCGAUCACAACCGUCGGUAACAGUAGAGAUUCGGUUGUGUCGAGCUUCAGGAGACUGCAGCCGAGGAUAAUCACUGUCGUUGAAGAGGAAGCCGAUCUUGACGUGGGCGUCGAUGGGAUGGAAUUCUUCAAAGGUUUUCAAGAAUGCUUAAGAUGGUUUAGGGUUUACUUGGAGUCGCUGGAGGAGAGUUUCCCGCGAACAAGCAACGAACGGUUGAUGCUGGAGCGGGCAGCCGGUCGAUCCAUCGUGGACCUGGUGGCAUGUCAGCCUUCUCACUCCAUCGAGCGGCGAGAAUCCGCCACGCGCUGGUCUAGACGCUUGCAUGCAGGCGGGUUUAGCCCUGUGGCGUUCAGCGACGAGGUGUGUGACGAUGUACGCGCCUUGUUGAGGAGAUACAAGGAGGGGUGGUCAAUGGCACAGUGUCCUGACGCCGGAAUAUUCUUGUCGUGGAAAGACCAGCCGGUGGUUUGGGCCAGUGCAUGGAGGCCUUCAGGAUAACGUACGGCGGUUCACACGCUUGAUUUGAGUGAGUGGUUUUCACACGUGUGACGUGUUUUUUUUUUUUUUCUGGCACGUGCUUUGGAGGACGAGGGUACUACGGAUUUUGUGAAGUGUGUAUUUUUAGAAGCCUCAACGGUGGCGAUCUUAAAGAAAGCAUGGAGAAAUUUUAAGUAUAAAAAAAAAAAAAAAAAAAAAAAAAAAA